AAAUCAUCAAUCGAUGUUCGAUACCGUGUCGGUCGGUCGUCCGCAGUACUAUUUAUAGAAGUAAACGUAACAUAACAUUAUCAGCACCGAACGUAAAAAGCCGAAAUAUAGCUUAAAAAUUAAGUCAUUAAUUGAUCUUUAUAUUUCAAAUUAAUCGACCGUUAUUAAUAUUAGCUGCUUAUCAACCACGUACCUCACAGUCGUCAACUACUUACUUUUCUUAUCGGUAAAUUUGCUUAUUAAAGUGUACCGUUAUAUCUGUUGCUGUUUGGAAAACUCCGGAAUCCGGUUAAAAUUUAGAAACGUUUUUGGAUAUCCCGACUCCGAAGUGAUCCUUUCAAGAACCAUAUCAACUUUGUUCAUAACCAGUUGUUGACUUACACAAAAUGAGCGAUGAUGGCGAUACUACUCCAAGUAUUUCACAAAAUGGAGGAACUCAUUAUAAUUUAAGUCUUAAAGAAGCAUUCUUAGCAAGCUCAACUACCACAACUACAAUAGUUGAAAACCAAGUUAAAACACAGUCUACUAUGAAUCACGAAAAUUCCACAAAUCAAAAUGAAAUGUAUGGACCAGAUCAAGUUUUGCCUGCAACAGAAUUGUAUACUAGCGCUGCAAAUGGAAGAGUGAAAUUACGAAUUGAAAAAGGUGCAGAUUCAACGCCAAUAUCAGUUCCAGGUCUUCUGUCAAAUACUGUUGAGAAAUAUGGUGAUAAACCAGCUUUGAACUAUAAGUCUGACAAUAAAUGGGUCACAGUUACUUACAAAGAAUACGAACAAAAUGUACGUACUGUUGCUAAAGCUUUUCUCAAAUUGGGUUUGGAACGAUACCAUGGUGUAUGUAUUAUUGGCUUUAAUUCUCCAGAGUGGUUUUAUUCAGAUUUAGGAGCUAUUUAUGCUGGAGGAUUUGCUGCUGGUAUGUACACUACAAAUCUUCCAGAUGCUUGUCACCAUUGUUUAGAGAAUAGCAAAGCAAAUAUUGCUGUUGUUGAAGAUGAAAAACAGUUGGAAAAAAUUAUUUCAGUUAGGGAUCGUUUACCUCAUCUAAAAGCUAUAAUCCAGUAUGAAGGAAAGCCAACUGUAGAAGGAGUUUUAUCGUGGGGUGAUGUUAUGAGAAUAGGCUCUGCUGAAAAUGAUGAUCAACUGAACCAAAUCCUAAAGUCUAUGGGAGUCAAUGAAUGUUGUACUUUAGUAUAUACAUCAGGUACUGAAGGACCAUCUAAAGCUGUGAUGAUAAGUCAUGACAAUAUCAUUUUUAAUGCUCAUAUGUUGACCAGCUUUUUGUCUCUAGAACAAGGCAAAGAAGUUCUCGUAUCCUACUUACCAUUAAGCCAUGUAGCUGCUCAAAUAACUGAUAUAUUUUGUGUUAUUAAGCUGGGAGGACAAGUAUAUUUUGCUGAAAAAGAUGCUCUUAAGGGUUCUUUAGUAUCUACUCUCCAAGUUGCAAGACCUACUGCAUUUUUAGGAGUUCCUCGUGUUUGGGAAAAAAUCAAUGAAAAGUUAGUUAGUAUUGGGCGAAAAUCUGGUUCUCUCAAAAAAUAUAUUGCAGAUUGGGCAAAACAAGUUGGCCUACAUCACUAUGAAGAUGCUAUGAAAGGUGUUGAAAAAGAAACGUACUCAUAUAAAUUCUUUAGAUGGUUAAUUUUUAAUCGAAUAAAACAUGCAAUUGGCUUUGAUAGAUGUAAAGUUUUUGUUUCUGCUGCCGCUCCAAUAUCUGUUGAAUUAAAAAAAUAUUUUAUGAGCUUAGAUAUACCACUGUGUGAAGUAUUUGGAAUGUCUGAAUGUAGUGGUGCACACACUAUGAGUAUUCCAACUGAUGAAAAUGUAGCUGGAGUGGGUAAAACAUUGAGUGGUGCUAAAUCAAAGAUUCACAAACCUGACAAAGAUGGUAAUGGAGAGUUAUGUUUAUAUGGACGCCAUGUAUUUAUGGGCUAUUUAGAUAUGCCUGAUAAAACUAAGAGUACUAUUGACGAAGAAGGUUGGCUACAUUCAGGUGAUAUUGCACAAAUUGAUCAAAAAGAACAUGUUGUUAUUACUGGAAGAAUUAAAGAAUUAUUAAUUACUGCUGGUGGUGAGAAUAUCCCACCUGUAUUAAUUGAAAAUAAUGUCAAAGCAGAAUUGCCUGUUAUAAGUAACGCUUUGUUAAUUGGUGACAAAAGGAAAUUUUUAUCAAUUUUACUAUCAUUAAAGUGUGAAAUAAAUCCAGAAACAACAGAACCAUUAGAUGAUUUAACACCUGAAGUUAUUACUUGGCUGAAGUCCCUAAGCUGUCAAUAUACUAAAGUAUCAGAGGUCAUAGCCAACAAACCUAAAGAAGUAAUGGAAGCUGUUCAAAAAGGACUUGAUAAAGCUAACAAAAAAGCAGUGUCCAAUGCACAAAAAGUUCAGAAAUUUGCAUUUAUACCAGUUGAUUUUUCAUUGCCUACUGGUGAAUUGGGUCCAACAUUAAAAGUUAAACGACCAGUUGUUUAUGAAAAAUACAAAGAUCUCAUUGAAGAAUUUUAUACAAACACAUAAAUAUAUUAACUAAUAAGUAUUUUCAUUCUUAAUAAGUUGUUAUGAGUUAUAUUAAUGAAAGUAAUUUCAUAGUCACAUAAGAAUAUUAUGCUCAAAACUUGGUUUAACCAAGUAAUGUUAUUUAAUUAUUGUGUAAUCAUCACUAAAUAUGUUGUGUUUGUAUUGUGUAUAUUAUUAUCUAAAAUUUUGUUAUUGUACUUAAGUAUAGCUUUAUUUUUCUAGUUUAUUUCUUGUUACCUUUUAUAAUAAAUUUGUACUGGUGUGGUGUACAAAAUUUUCUUGUGGAGGUAGCUUUGUAAUUAAUUUUAAAGUCAAAUUUUCAUUGAUUUAUCAGAAAUAUUAUUGUUGUGAUAUUAUAUUUUCAAGUAUCUAGAGUUUUUAUAAUGUAUAAUAAAUUAAUUUUAUUAGAUAAUUUUUUAAAUAAAGAUAUGUAAUUUGGUGGAAAUUUAGUUAAUACAUUUUAAUCAGAUUUUUUUUAUCUUAAAUUAUACUUAUUGUUAAAAUAUUAUUCAUUAAUUUGUUUGUGGCUUUAUUGUAAAUUUAUUUUAUACAAAAAUUUGAAUAGUAGUCAAUAUUCCAUACAAAUAGUUUGUAUAAUUAUUUUAACUAAUAUACUUAAUUAUUUUUACUUUAAA